CGCGUCGGGUAGCCUACACAGUUGGUGGCCAGCCCAAGCACGGACCCUGUCAUUGUGGUUCAGUGGAGUAGCUGCUGCUGCCUUUGCAACAUUUGCACAGUGUGUGUGUGUGUGUGUGUGUGUGUGUGUGUGGUGUCCUCUGUCCCUUCUCACCACCAGCAAUAAUAUUUCCAGAGAUAAAUUAUUCAAGGAUUGCCUGUCAAGGGGGAGCCACCUGAUAGCAAGGACCUCAGGGGAGCCAAAAACCUUACAGCUGGAUAUCAGGUGAAACGAUACACCCCACUGCUUCAUCUCCUCCUCCUCCGUCCUCCUUCCUUCAUUUCCACUCUUGAUGUAAAGUGUAACUGAACACUUGAAAGAAAACACCAACUACUCCUGCUUGUUUUUUUUCCUCUGUAAAGCUGUCUUCUGUUUUUCUCUCUCCAAUGCUCGUCACCAGCAAGCAGUUGAAUAUCGGUCGCUCCCACAGUUGGGACACCCUGGGGGGGAAUGAGGGGCAGUGGUCCGGGGGAGAAAGCGUUUACGACCACCAAGGCAGGAUUGCGGGCCGACGCAACUCGCUGUCUUACAGGGGAGACAGAGGAGGUUACUACGAGACACCCCCUGGGGUGCGUCCUCCUGACCUGGAUCUGAAACGAGACCCCUACUCCUACCAGGACUCUCUGUACAGCCAGCAGGGCUACGCUGCUGAUCCCCGCGAAAUGAGAAAGGGCUCAGUCCCUGAGCUAAACCACUACGACCGUCCAACCAUGGCUCAUAGUCACCAAGGAUCCGUCGUCUCCCAGGAAUAUUAUCCCCAUGACCCUGCUAUGGCUCCCCGACCACCGGAGGAUCCCCGGGGCUUCUACCGGGUGGAGCAGCAGCCACAGCCUCACCCGCUCAACAGAUCCCCGUCCCACUAUGGGAUGAACCCAGUGGGACGGUUGCCAUGGGACCAGGGACAGGGAGGGAGGCCCGGACCUCCGGGUCCUCCAUCGGCUUCUCCUCUUCCUCCUCCCCCUCCUCCGCCAACUGCCCAUGGCAUGAACCAGGUUUACAGUCAGCCUGCAGCUGUAGCUGCCGCUGCCAAGAUGAUGCCAGAUGGCCAGCGCUCUCCUGCUCACUAUGGGAUGGAACAACCAUCUUCGCCUCGGUACGCAUCUGAGCCACCCCCUCUAGCUGGACAGCCGGUCUACACCGACAUCAACGGCCGUCCCCUGGACCAUCGGCAGCAGCAACCCGCAGCCACCUGCCUGGUGGUGGAUCCUAACACGCAGGGGCUGGAUGGGAGCAUGCAACAGCGAGGUAUGAUGAUGAGGCAGGAUUGCACCUCGCCCUACGGAGUACAACAACAGCCUCCACAGACCAACAUGCAGGUCUACAACACCAACCAUCCUCUCGCCGCUCCUGCCCCUCUUCCUCCCCCACCAGCCCCUGUAGCCCUUCCACCUCCCACAGCCCCCCAGACACCUGCAGACCCAAAGAGGAACGCCGACCCAGAGUUCCUGGCUCUGCUUCGCAAUGAGGGUCUCUCGGAGAGUACCAUCUCCUCACUCAUCCAGCAGGGCUUUGACACAACCGGCAUGCUGGCAGUCAUGGAAGAGAAUGACGUGCGCUCUGUGGCUCCCAACUUAGGGCAGGCACGUGUGCUGUCGCGGGUAGCCAUCAGUGUCAAGAGGCCCUUGGAGCCUACACCCACGUCCCAGCAACAGGCCCCCAUGCGGGGCCGCUCCAACAGUUUCAGCCACCGCUCUGACAUGUACCUCCAACAGCAGCAGCAGCACCAACAUCAUCAGCAGGCCAUGGCAAUGGGCAUGGAUCCACGGCUGAUGCCACCACAGACCCCUGGUGUCAUGCAGACCAUCUCCCCCGCGAUGGCUGAGGCAAUGGCCAGGAGGCCCAACAGCGCUCCCUCUCAGCACCUCCUAGAAACCACCCAGGGCUACCCAGGACCUCGUACCCCGGGGCCCUACAGUGGUGCCAUGGUCCCUGUCCAGUCCCGGCCCGUGUCUGCAUACUCCCAACACCCAGGUGUCCCUAUGCAUCCAGGCAUGCAGAUGAUGGCUGCCAUGCCCCAGCACCAGCAGAUGUCAGGGGCUGCAAUGCAAGCCAUGCAACAACAGCAGAUGCCAGUGUCCAUGCCUGCCCUGCCGCCACCUCAGCAGGCCCCGAAGGCGUACUCCACCAACUACACAGUGCCCAUGGAGCUGAUGAAGCGGGACCGCAGCCUGCAACCCAUGUCGCCCAUGCACAGCCCCCACCUCAGCCCUCAGAUGAUGCGCAAGGCUGGGGGCACCCCGUCUGAUGGCGCCAUGAUGCCCGUGGGUACCAGCAUGCAGAGCCAAAGUGCUAUGGCCGCCAACCAGAAGCUUAGCCGCCGUACCGGCCCACCUGUCAUCGUCUCCACCAUGGCAUCACCAGAUACAAGUAUCCGGCCCCAGAUCAUGAAUGGGCCGAUGCACCCCCGCCCCCUAGUGGCCCUGUUAGAUGGGCGUGACUGUACAGUAGAGAUGCCCAUCCUCAAAGACCUGGCCACUGUCGCCUUCUGUGACGCCCAGUCCACACAGGAGAUCCAUGAGAAGGUGCUGAACGAGGCAGUAGGGGCCAUGAUGUACCACACCAUCACCUUGACCAGAGAAGACCUGGAGAAAUUCAAGGCUCUACGCAUCAUCAUCCGCAUCGGCAGCGGCUACGACAACAUCGACAUCAAGGCGGCCGGAGAGAUGGGCAUCGCAGUGUGUAACAUCCCGUCGGCGGCGGUGGAGGAGACAGCAGACUCCACUCUGUGCCACAUUCUCAACCUGUACCGGCGGAACACCUGGCUGUACCAGGCUCUCCGGGAGGGCACGCGGGUCCAGAGCGUGGAGCAGAUCAGAGAGGUGGCGUCCGGAGCCGCCAGGAUCCGAGGAGAAACGCUGGGCCUCAUCGGCUUUGGUCGUUCAGGGCAGGCGGUGGCGGUGCGGGCCAAGGUGUUUGGCUUCAACGUGAUCUUCUACGACCCGUACCUGCAGGACGGCCUUGAGCGUUCGCUGGGUGUUCAGCGUGUCUACACCCUGCAAGACCUGCUCUACCAGAGUGACUGUGUCUCCCUGCACUGCAACCUGAACGAACACAACCACCACCUCAUCAACGACUUCACCAUCAAACAGAUGCGACAGGGUGCGUUCCUGGUGAACUCUGCGCGGGGAGGUCUGGUGGAUGAGAAGGCCUUGGCUCAGGCCCUGAAAGAGGGCAGGAUACGGGGGGCCGCUCUGGACGUUCAUGAGUCAGAACCCUUCAGUUUUACCCAGGGUCCUCUUAAGGAUGCUCCUAACCUGAUCUGUACUCCUCACACGGCCUGGUACAGUGAACAGGCCUCACUAGAGAUGAGAGAGGCAGCUGCCACAGAGAUACGCAGAGCCGUCACUGGCCGUAUCCCCGACAGUUUACGAAACUGUGUCAACAAGGAGUUCUUUGUUACCACGGCGCCCUGGACAGUGGAACAGCAGCAGAUGCAGCAGCAGAUGCACCCUGAACUCAACGGUGCCACGUACAGGUACCCCCCUGGUGUGGUGGGUGUGGCCUCGGGUGGGAUCCCUGGGCCGAUGGAGGGGAUGAUGCCUGGGGGGGUGCCCAUCGCCCACACCCUGCCCUCUGGUACCCACCCCUCCCAGGCCCCCUCCCCCAACCAACCCUCCAAACAAGGGGAGCCCAUGAGACAGCACAUGACCGAGCCAUAACUCUGCAUCCAGGGAGGAAGGAGUUCAUAUAUACAAAACCGACCAACUGACCCACCCGCUCUUAGACCAGCAGACUGAUCGUUGGGGUUCACACAGAACACCGGAACCAAGUGGGGACAGUGAAUAUAUUCACAACUGACACUCCAAAGUGGGGACAGUCAAAACUCAUGUUCCAAGGAUCUGAACUUUUCACUUCUAAUUUUCCUUUGUUUUAGUUUUUAUUCAGUUUAAGUGUUUACUCUUUUUUUUUUUUAGUGUUUGUUGGAAGAUUCCUGUGUUCUGGGACAAGUUGUUACCGAGUGCCAGAGUUAAGGCUCGCCCAUCUUGACUGACCCACCAAUGGGAGAGCUUGGAAGGACAAUGACAUCAUCUGUUACUGCCCCAUUCUUCAUUUCUGUUCAGUCCACGUGUGUCUGUGUAUUUUUCUUUCACCUGUUCUGAGACCACCCUACAAGUGAAUAUCUGUCUUUCUGUUAUUCAAUGUGAAAAAAAACAAAUGAUUUUAAAAUGACAUAUAUUUAUCAGACAGUAGAAAAAGACAAUUGGUGUUGCCAGUGGCAUCGGCAGUCUCAAUGGGGACCUCUAAACCCUUUCCUAGUCCAUCUCUCACCCUGUUGACCGCUGGCUCAUGAAUUUACAGACAGUAAUGUUGGGCACAUCAGGGUUGCCAGAUCUCUUGAGCCUCAUGACCAGAACGAGACAAAAGCAAUAAGCCCAAAUUGCCAUUCUGAAGAAUCAAAACAAAACUCAAUGUAAAAGUGAAUAUGGGACCUAAAACCCUUAUUUGAAUUUGUCCAUUGUGAACAUCUCUCAACCCCUGAGAACACCCAAAGUAUUAUAGAGAAGAUUUUGUUCUGGUAAAACUCCAAUUUAGUUGUUUAGUUCCUCUUAAGAGCUUUUUCAAAGAUCCAGGUUCUGGCGCACGGGUGGGAGAGAGACUAGUGUGAUAAAGGUUAUGAUCGCAAUUUCAGACAAUGUGAAGUUGUAACUAUUGAUGAAUUGCCUUUCAUUCCGACUUUGGAUUCAGUAAUCACGUGGUGGUCUGCCGCUAAAAUAUUGAAGUAAGAAAUGGAUGCAACGGCAGUUCUAACUGUUAAAAGCACCUCUGCUUUUACCUGGACCUCUACAUUAUGGAUUUGGACAUUGUCACGGGUGUUUGUAUACUAGAUUGAUCUCUUAAAAUGUCCUGUUUUUUCUUCUCACCAAAUGGACUUACAAAGUAGCACCAGGCAGAUAGGAAAGGGUUUGGAAAGUGAGGUUACCGACUCAGGAAUUUUUUUUUUUGCAGAUAUCUUUUUCCCAAAUUCUGUCUGAAAGAAAAAAAAAAGUCUGGAUGGUUCUGUGUUUCCACCUUUUCUUCAUUGUGGUAUUUUUAUAAAUCAAACCUGUCUUUUGGUGUUCAAGGUUUUUGCAGAGUCCUGUUAGAUUUGUAUUGGCUAGUUAAAUGUUCUUAUAAUCAUAGUCUAAUGUGAACCACCCUUUCUUUUUGGUUUUCUGUUCUAAUGAAAGCCAGUGGGAGCUCUUAGAGGCAUCGUGCACUGCACUCUGUGAGCAAUAGCAACACCCCUCUAGUGCCCCAAAGUUAGCAAGACAGGGCUGCUAGCAGAUUGUUUGGUUUUUAGUGUGAGUAUUUGUAUUUGUUUCUUGUACAAGGUGAACAUAUAGCAUUCAGUGCAGUUCAAAUAAAAAAAUGCUGCUC